AUGGUGGUAGAGCUCGCCAUUGGUGCCGUUGGGCUCAUCUCCGUCGUCUACCCAGGCAUAAAGACUCUACACUCCAGCAUUUGGAAGGUCAUUGACGAAUUAGUUAAAGCAAACCGAGAUGCUAAAGACCCCAAGGUAUUCAGGCAGCUGGAAGAGGAGCUGGAGAUGUGGGAUGAGCUCCUAAGGAGCAUCGACAGGGUGAAGAGGUCUGAUGACCCGGACGACCGGGUUCUCAGCGCAGCAACAUCACUUUGCGGAGAGUAUAAAGAUGCUCUAGUCAAGACACUCGAGUAUCUUGAGCAGUUUCAAGACACAGAUGAUAAGAAGGAGAUGGGUAUCAUCAUCGACGAGCUUCGGCAUCAGUUUAAGUCAGUGCGCCGUCACAGAAGAAAGGUGCAAAAGUGGAUUGGAGACAUCAACACGAUCAUUGUCAGUCGCAUCCACGAGGAGCUCAACCGCCAGAACAAGACCAAUUCCGAAGCCUUCAAGGCACAGUCCCAAACCCUCGAGAACAUCCAUGAGUCGCAGGCCACAUGUGUCCGGGAGCUUUUGGAGAUUCGACACAGAUUUCAAGAAUUGGAGGAACAUCUGAAGAGGCCCCAGGAUCACGAAGCGGAUGACUUUCAGAUGGAAAGCGCCAGAGCUGUCAGUGAUCUGGCUGAGAAAACUGACGACCUUAUAAGCGUCUGUUGUGAGUGGGCGACUGGAAGUGUUGUGAGCAGAACAACAGAAGUCAGCAUGACCAGCGAUUUCCAGGAGUUUAGGAGCGAUGUGUGGGUACGAGGCUUGCUCGAAGGCUCUACCAUGGAGAGCCGUCUUGGCUCAUCUACAACUGUGAGCCAGGGUACACAAACCACCCUAAGCCAUCCAAGUAACAGAAUCGCGGCUGCUCCAGUCGCAACUCCAUCGAUUCAGAGGCUUCCAUUCGAACAAGCCUAUGACUCAGACUCAGACUCGGAGACCGACUCAGAAAUCGAUUCUUUGAGUGAAGAAGGAACCAACUCUUCCAACACCACUGUUCAUCUUGACGAUGCCAUCGAGGUUCAAGACCGAACACAGCCCGAAGAAGAUCUUCAGCUAUAUACUACGUCGAAUGCCAUUCUCAAGAAGCUAGAGCCGGCUAUUGAAAAUGAGUGCAAGCGAAUUGCAGCAGGCUCCUUCGGUCAGGCUACACGUGGAGGUCCUGAAGUCUUGACCAUGAAUCCAGCGGAAUGGGGCAGUGGUGUCAGCCAGAACUUCCGGUCUCCGAGGAGCGACUCAAUAGGUCUUGCAUUUGAACGAGACUGGAAACCUUUCCAGAGUAACCCAGGCCUCGCCACGUUAUCCAAUGAAUGCAAGGCCCAUCACUUGGUGAGAAGAGUCUCCUUCAUAACUCGGACGAUCACAGACUUGGUCACAGACUUGGACUUCUACGACCUCCGCCAGGGACUUGCGCGAGGUCUAGGAGGCUUAUUCGCCUGGAAUAUGACUGAAAACUGCACACAUGAUGAAUGUGAGAAGAAUCUCGAUCUUCUAUGCGCCGAGUCUUUGAUAAGAGUGGGUGAGGACUCUUCCAGAUGGCAGUCUACGGUACUCUGCAUCACAGUUCCAUGGAAGCUAUAUCGCUUCUGGACUACGAUUCGUGGACAUUCUGAGCCUGAACCUUCUGGAGUCGGCUACCUUGUUGAUCAAGGCCUUUUAGCCGAAAUGCCAGUCAAGAUCGAAGCAGAAGACGGACAGACGUGGCAGCGAUUGUGGUGCCCAGAGACGGUCGAGGGGGCCAAGGAGAUCCUUGCCAUGUUCCACGAGGUGAGUAGCAGCCCCAACUAG